AUGUCGUUCCUCGCACCGUCCCCGCCACGGCACAAGCUGGCCGAGAUCGCGCACCGCCGCUGUGACCUGGCCAGGUCACCCCGCUUUGCGCUUCUCGCGCUCGGCGGCUUCGGCUUCCUGCUCGCCUCGCUCUGGCGCCGCGCGCUGCGUCGCCGAGGUCUGCCCGCCGCUCCUCUGGCACCGCCCGCCGUCCGCUCGGCGGAGAAGAGCCGUGUGGCGAGCUGCGCCUUUGCGGACGCCGUCGCUCGGCUCAGCAUCGACACGUUCCGUGCGCUGUGCGAGCGCGCGCAGGUGCAGUACACGCAGACCUGCAUGGCUGCCGUCGUGGCGCUGGACUCGCCGCCAGACGGGGGCACGCCACGGCUGACCGUGCUGUCGGUCGGCGCGGGGACCAAGUUUGCGCGCGCGGCGGCCGUCGCUGCCGACCGAGCCGGGACAUCCAUCCGCGACUGCCAUGCCGAGGCUGGCGGCACGUGGUCGCUGCGUCCUGGCGUCAGCCUCCACCUGUACACCUCCUCCGCGCCGUGCGGCAACGCGUCCGUCCGCCGCUGGGCGAGGUGCGACGGAUAA